AUGAAGUUGAAAAACUUUUUUUUAGAUGGGCCUGCCGGCACUGGAAAAACUUUUAUCUAUUCAACUUUGUUGCACUUAAUCCGUGGAAAAGGUCAUACAGUGACUCCUGUAGCAUCAACUGGAAUUGCGACUACUCUUUUGAAAGGCGGAAGAACUGCUCAUUCCAUAUUUAAAAUACCAAUUAUUUUAAACGCUACUUCUACAUGCAAUUUAAAACCUACAUCUCCAGAAGCUAUUCCAUUAUUUAAUUCUAAAUUAAUUAUAUGGAAUGAAGCUCCGAUGACGCAUGUGCACGCAUUUUUAGCUGAAGAUAGACUUUUGCAGGACAUAAUGAGCUGCUCACAUCCUUUUGGUGGGAAAGUUGUGUUGAUCGGAGGAGACUUUCGACAAGUUUUGCCUGUCAUUCCUAAAGGUUACCGUUCGCCGACAAUUGCUAGCUGUCUUAAAAAACAUCCCCUUUGGACUAAAUUCAACAUCUUAUACCUUAAUCAAAAUAUGCGGGCACUUUCAACUGAAAAGGCGUUUGCUGAAUGGUUAUUGGAUGUUGGAAACUGCAAAGAUGGUGAAAUGAUUAAGUUGCCUGAUAUUUGUUAUCCAUCUAACCAAGACCCCAUUAAGCAACUAUAUUCUGAUGUAGAUUUUAACACUGUAACUCCGGGCCAACUCAAAGGUAGGGCAAUUUUAACUGUCACCAACGAUUUAUCAAUAGUAUUCAAUAAUGAUGUGCUGGAACUACUGCCAGGAAUUACUAAAAUGUAUGAAAGUGUGGACACUGUCAUUAGUGAUGAUCCACAAGAUCAACUAAGCUACCCUGAGGAAUUUUUGAACACCAUCACUCCUACAGGAAUGCGUCCCACAAAUUAA